AAAUGUUUUAGUCACAAACAGCAUUUAACUAAGCACAUGAUGAUUCACACUGGUGAAAAGCCGUUUUCAUGUGUUAACUGUGGAAAAAGCUUUAGUCAAAAACCGGGUUUAACUCGGCACAUGAGGAUUCACACUGGUGAAAAGCUGUUUUCAUGUGUGACCUGUGGAAAAAGUUUUGGUUAUAAACUGGCUUUAACUCAGCACAUGAUGAUUCACACAGGUGAAAAGCCGUUUUCAUGUGUGACCUGUGGAAAAAGUUUUAUUCGAAAACAGGAUUUAACUCAGCACAUGAGAAUUCACACUGGUGAAAAGCCAUUUUCAUGUGGAAAUUGUGGAAAAAGUUUUUGUCAAAAACAACAUUUAAUUCAGCACAUGAGGAUUCACACUGGUGAAAAGCCGUUUUCAUGUGUGACCUGUGGAGAAAGUUUUGGUUAUAAACUGGCUUUAACUCAGCACAUGAUGAUUCACACUGGUGAAAAGCCAUUUUCAUGUGGAAAUUGUGGAAAAAGUUUUUGUCAAAAACAACAUUUAAUUCAGCACAUGAGGAUUCACACUGGUGAAAAGCCGUUUUCAUGUGUGACCUGUGGAGAAAGUUUUGGUUAUAAACUGGCUUUAACUCAGCACAUGAUGAUUCACACAGGUGAAAAGCCGUUUUCAUGUCCGUUUUCAUGUGUUAACUGUGGAAAAAGUUUUAGUCAAAAACAGGCUUUAACUCAGCACAUGAUGAUUCACACAGGUGAAAAGCCGUUUUCAUGUGUGAACUGUGGAAAAAGCUUUCGUCAAAAACCGGGUUUAACUCAGCACAUGAUG